CGUGGUCAGUAUUACGCCGCUGUAGAAGCCCGCUCCGAUCCGAAAACCCCACGUAAUCACAAAGGACAAGCAAAAGGCGCCAAGCUGGCAUCGUCAACGGCACCGCAACAGCAGCAGCAGCAGCAGCAGCAACAACAACAGACACCGGCGAGAAUGUCGCGCAAACGGCCACGUGACAGUUUGACCGGCACGGUUCCCAGUAGUAGUAGUAGUAGCAGUGGUGGUGGUGCCGCGAGUAGCGGCGGAAACGCUCGGUUGACAAUCGACGAAACGGUAUCGAUCACGAUCGAUCCGAACGGCGAGCUCGAGGAUCGGUUGGCUACGCGGCAACCAUCGCCAGCGCCGCGUACCACCGAUGGUACCCCGGACAGCACUAAUGGCAGCAGCCGUCGGUUCAGCAGCAUCCGAAUCGCGGAAGAUGCCGGGCUGGAGCCCGGCCACGGCGAUCAUUUUUGGCCGCCCAACAACGACGGUGCAAUGAACGGGCAUGUCAACUUUGAAUCCGAAAUGCCACCGUCUCCACGAACGAAUCGCUCUUCGCCAUCAUCGGCACCGGCAGCCUCAUUGGCCGCCCCAUCGGCCGCGGACGGGGUCGUCUCCAGUCAGCAAGGCAGCGGUGUCGAGCACAGCCCGCCGGUGACAAUUUGCAAGCAAGCACCAUACUCGUCGGAGCUGGACGCGAUCCAAGAGCGCGAUCGAUGCGACUACGCACAGAAAAUUACCUAUCAGAUGGCCCGCUCCGGGACGGCGCCACGCAUGAUACGCGUUUAUGCGGACGGUAUAUACGAUCUAUUCCACCAGGGACACGCCAGACAGCUAAUGCAAGCUAAGAACGUGUUUCCCAACGUCUACCUGAUCGUUGGCGUCUGCAACGACCAUCUGACCCACAGCCGAAAGGGACGAACAGUCAUGAAUGAUGAGGAGCGCUACGAAGCCGUGCGGCACUGUCGCUACGUCGAUGAGAUUGUGCGCGAUGCACCUUGGGAGCUGGAUGAUGAGUUUAUCGAGAAGCAUAAAAUUGAUUUCGUGGCCCACGAUGAAAUACCUUACAGCACGGACGACUGUAACGACGUGUACGCCAACAUUAAGGCACGUGGCAUGUUUGUGGCGACUGAGCGCACGGAAGGUGUUUCGACGUCCGACAUUGUGGCGCGCAUUGUAAAGGAUUACGAUAUUUACGUCCGAAGAAAUCUGGCCCGCGGCUAUACGGCCAAGGAGCUAAACGUGUCCUUUUUGUCCGAGAAGAAGUUCCGCUUCCAGAACAAGAUGGUCGAGCUGAAGGACAAGGUGCGCAAGGGAACGGACGACAUCAUCAGCAAGUGGGAGGAACGGUCUACUGAUCUGAUCAAAACGUUUCUACUGAUGUUCGGCAAGGAGCGAAUCUCAAUGUUUCUGUCCGACUCGAAGCAGAGGCUACGUUCAGCCCUCAGCCCGCCCGGUAGCCCCGAGCGCAGUCUGCACGGCGAGGACGACGACGAUGACGACGGGGAGGAGGGAGAAGAUCCAGAGAGUCCGGACUCUGUGUUGGAUUCGCCACCGAGCAAGCGCUCGAAUGUGCUGCUCCGUGGUUCCAUCGCCCCGAUCGACGACGAUGACAACGAGGAAGACGAGGAUGACGAUGAAGCGUACCUCGAUUCGCGGUCGCGGCCUACCUCCAGCUACAAUAUUGCGGUGAUGGCCAGUGGUGGAGCCGGUGGUGUUGGAGCCGUUGGUGACGGCAACAAUAGUUUGGUCGGUGGUGGUUCCCGGGGCUUCAACAAUCGCCACUAGAGUAGCAAGCAAGCAGAAGGACGUUACAGCACGCCGCAUAUUUUGCCGAGGUGUAGAAUAAACGAACUAAGCAUGCACCCCAGAAACAUAUAGAAGCGAUCAAGCGGAAGCAGAGACAAACCUACCUACCAACGGGAAAAGUGGUCUGUGGGACUCACGUCCCGCAUGUGCUGGAUUGGGGGCAUGUGGAUGUGGAAUGUCCUGCCUACGAUCGCCCGCCGCCAAAAACUUACGACGUUGUUUUAGGAAAUGAUUAGUACGAUGGCAGCCUGUAAAUGGCGGCGUUAUCCCAUUAAGCAGAAUCGUCCUUCCAUCACCCGCCGACAGUGCAAGGACUGUGCAAAACACUUUAGUAAAAUUGUUAAACCGACCGGGCGGCGACCGGUUAGUGGUGUUCCAAGCGAAAAUGGCAGAAAGCGAAACGGAUUUUCCUGUGUCGGCUUUUGCACGGAACGUUUCUGAGAUUGCAGAUGUGUGUCACGCGUACAAGCAUUGUUUGCCAAGGGACAAGGGCAGAAACGCUGGACUGCUAGCUGACUGUAAAACUAACAAAGAAACAGAAAUCUUAGGCUUACACAACAAUGGAGGCAUGGGAGAGAUAAACUGAGAAGGGGCGAUGGGCUAUACACUAAAUUAUUAAUCGAGCGGACAAACGCUGUUCUAUUUAUUCUAUAUUUUUGCGGUCUAAUGGGCUUUGGAGAGCGGAGGGCGCGGUUGCGAAACCCCAUAAGUGUGGAGUUGUUGGGAAUGAAAUGAAAACCCGGAACACGAACCUUUCUCGUCGUAAAGCUUUGUUUUGUUUUAGUAAAUUUUGUGUCUUCAAAAUUGUUCUGUUUGUGUUAAAGAAGUGUGCGAUAUGGCAAUGAAAUGAGAAAGCGCGAACGUACACCGUAGUGGAGCACCUUUUUGCUACGUUUUGCGCGGUUUUACUGAUAAAUGUGAUAAACCAGAUAUCUCAUGGAUGUUUCUUGGUCUUUCGACGCGUUGCUUGUAGUGCUCAUGGAGUUCGCUUGGUCUGUGGAUUGCCGUAACGCAAAACACGUUUGUUAGUAAGACUUGAAAACAAAACUAGCUCCGUUAUGAGUUCUUCAUAUUUACUUGGAUCGGAGUUAGAAAUAUAUGUCUAACUCAUUGAAAACAUGCAUUGCUACAUUGCUUCGUUCAGAAGGAUUGGGUUUUGACUGCGUAACGCACCGACAAUUCUCGCUAAGAAAAGUAAAACGUGAGAUGAGCGAAAGAAAACAUAACUAAUCAUCAAGCAUUCACACGGUUUUGAAUCCUGCUAUGAACACUCUAUCGACCCAAAGUAUAGUAUUUUGAAUCCUCACAUUCCGCCACACAAGCGAAGAGGAAUACAAAGAACCGCUAUUCAAUAACCUAAUGCACUUUCAAAACACUCCGUCGCAGUGGCAUCGUAAGAUCAAAGUUAACUCUAGAAGAACGGUACGCUUGCAAAUGUGGCGCUCACUGUCGCUGUGCAGAGAUGGGUUGCGUGUCUGCGCUCCGUUUUAACAACAGAACUGAAAUUGUUGGUUAGUUCGUAAACCGCUGGAACGAUUAGGAAUAGGGAGAGCAAACCUGUAGCGUAAGAUUCAGGAAGAAAGUAAGCCGUGUGCUAAGCUCUCAUGUUGUUUCCUAUUGUCUGCAGCUUUCAGCCAAACGCUGCGCAAGUAAUGUUGGCACUAAAUUAUGGAAGUAGAAAACGACCCCGAAGAGAGUGCGGUAGGUACCCCACCCUACGACGCUUCGGUGGGACCGAAACACAAAACAGAACAAAAUAAAACUGAAGCAAAUCAUGUUACACCAACACUUAUUAUUCGCCUAGUGCAUAGUUUUCUGGGAAAUAUUGGAAAAAAUGAAAAGAAAUAAAACAAACAAUAAACAUACUUGUAGCCAAGAACAAUUGAAAUAGACUCUCUUUAAACAUCCGCAGCAUAGAGCAUUUCGAGGCACAGAUGAACGGUAGCAGGAUCGUAUGGAGUUUAAAAAUUCAAUCAAGGAAUAAAUUACAUCUCAACAGCAGUACCACUUUGCGUUGCAUUUCGUCGUUUUGGCUUUG